UAGAUGGAGGGGGAGCACAAAGCCCGACGUUUAUUAGUUCUCCUGUGUGCUCACAUGAGCAUGGUGAUCUUCGGGGGAACCUACCGUUGUCUUGGUGUUUUUCUGGUAGAAUGGCGGGAGUACUUCGACACUUCCUCGACUCAGGUCAGCUCCAUCGUGACGGUGUUGGCAGCGUCGGGACUUCUUUCAGGGAUUCCAUCUGGCAUCGUGAUAACCAGAUAUGGAUGCCACUAUGGUAGUCUGUAUGGAGGUGUUGCCUUUAUUGCAGGGACGCUUACAAGUGUCUUCGCCCCAAACCCCAUCGUUCUUUGUAUAACCAUGGGAUUCUUAACAGGUCUGGGCAUUGGAGCAGUUAGGAACUCUGCUAUAGUGGCCAUUGCUCAUGUCUUCAAGGAGGGCUUUUCUCGAGCAAACGGCAUAGCGCUGGCUGGCGGAAGCAUAGGUAUGAUGUUGUUUCCGCCCCUUCUGCAAUUAUGCAUCGACCAGUUCGGAUGGCGGGGAGCGAUGCUCAUUCUAUCUGGCAUGCAACUGCACAUCUUCAUAGCAGCUCUUAUAUUCCGCCCACCAAGAGAAAUUAGGACAACGGAAAACCAGUCCAAAACAAAGCCGAGUGUCAGUAAUGAGAACAAAGACCAUGAACUAGAGCUGCUAAAAGGCGAAGAUGGAGACCACAGUAAAAGAACUUAUCCGGAGGAAAGUAAUAAACAUUUACCUGAUGAAAAUUUAACUCAUUCAGUUGAUGUUAAUCAUUGUGAAACAAAGUUGAACUGCUCUGAUCAAGAUCAAAUUGAGAUUCAUGAUGAUUCAGAAAUACGAAAAUCCUGCCUUGAUGACACUCAAGAAGCAGAAGGCAUAUUGGAUGAUCAAGAAGUUAUUAAGGAACAAGAUGUCAGAAGGGUUGAUACCAAAGAGCAUCAGACUAACGCUUCGCAAAUCAACGAAGAUGUCCAAGAAGUUCUGAGUAAAAGUGAUGAUGUUCCUGGUGACCAAUCAGGCCCGAAUGAGAGUGAAGCACUCGUGAACCAGAGUGAUGAAGUGAAAGUAAAUGUAAAUGAUCCGCCAAUCACCACCACCGUUGCUUCAAAGCGACGUCCGUCUCGCGUCCAGAGAGGACUCAGUACCUCCGGUCUCAGUCUCUUCUGCAACAACGUCGGCUUCUGCCUAUUUAACCUUUGUCAGAUUGUGCUUGGGCUCUGCUACACAGGAGUAUUAACGCACCUCGUGGCGAGUGCCGUUUACGAUGGCAUUGAUCAGCAGUCUGCAUCGUUUCUCAUGUCUGUGUUUGGUAUCGCCAAUCUGAUCGCACGGUUGGGGAGUGGUUGGAUAGUCGAUCUCCAUCUUCUGUCUCCUGAACAUCUCUAUGUCCUGUGUGUGAUUUCCUUUGGUGCCACUAUGAUUGUAAGCAGAGCUUGGAGUUCAUAUGGAUGGUACGUUUUCAUCGCCCUUUCAUUCGGAAUUUCAGCGGGGCUUUUCAAGACCCUCAACCCUGUUGUCUUGAAACGAUAUGUGGGAAUGAAGUACUUUGCAAGAGCUAUAGGCAUCUUUUAUGCCUUCACCGGUGCCGGGGACCUCAUUGGCCCUGUCUUUGCAGGUGCCUUGUACGACGCAAGCAACUCGUACGACCUACCUUUCUACGUAGCUGGAUCACUCCUCAUCGUGUCCUCCGGGCUCUUACUAUUGGAACCACCCAUCAGACGGCUCAAGGAAAGACGACAAGCAAGGUCACGCAUGGAACCAAAUGAAUCUGCAGUUUAACAAAAGAAGUGCCUGAUAUUUUACAGUAUUCCAUAAAAUGAGGAAGUGAGAAUGAUGCUGUCUGAGUGUAGAUUUGCUCAUCAAACAUUUUGUGAGAUUCUGGG